CACUACUGCGGAGGAUCCAUUAUCAGACCGACAUGGGUGGUAUCAGCUGCUCAUUGCACAGACAGAAGAAGAGCAGAACCGGAUAAACUACAAAUGCUAGCCGUACAGACAAUACCGAUACAGCAGUGUAAAGAAAUCCACAGAACACAAGUACGAAUAUAUCCCGUAUCGACAGAUAAACAAGUAUGCACCUUAAAAGAAAGAGGAAAAGGCGCAUGUUUUGGUGAUUCCGGUGGUCCAUUAGCAGCUAACGACACGCUAAUCGGGAUAGUGUCUUGGGGUAGUCCCUGCGCAAACGGAUAUCCCGAUGUAUUCACCAGCGUUUACGCAUAUCGAGACUGGAUUGAAAACAAUAUUGCCAAUAAUGAAUAGUCCUGAUGCAGCGAAACAGCAUUCGUCAGAUAAACGUAUAAUGUAUCAAUACUUAUA